AUGGCUAUCUGGUUCCUUUACGGUGUCGGCGGCUGGUGGCACUGCUUCAAUAACCCUUACGCGUUCAAGCAAACCAAUGUUUUCUCGAUUAUCUCCGUAGCGCACGCCAGGCACGAGUAUCUGUACGCCAAAGGCCACAACUCUUUGCGCCGCCCGGAAGAAACCCCUUGGUACAAGACGGACAGCUUUAUUCGAUGGGUUCUGCGCAAAGCAAAGGUCAACGAGGAAGAUGUCGCCAAAAUCAACUGGAAGACGGCGCCUCUAGUGUUCCAGGAGCACGUCACCAAUAAGAACAUCGCACGUUUUGCGCUUGAAGAUCUCCUCGCAGAAUGCGCAGUGGUCGGACCAAGCCUUGGUUUGGACGGGAAACCUGCCUUGCCUGUUGAACUCGCACCCGCUAAGGAAGAAGCUGCCGCCGACUUGAUGAAACGUCUCACCUCCGCCUGGGCCCCUCAUGUGAUCGCCGACUACAGCAGGAGAAUCGAACACGUCAUAGCGUCCCGUCCGAGGAAUGCUAUUGAAGGCGUCCAGGCUCUACAGAUCACGGCCGGUCCUUCUCAGACUCGUCGCGCAAUUGGUGCUCCCCCUGCUCAACCUCAACCAUCCACACCUGCAGCCUCCAGCCAAGCUCAGAGGACCUCCACCCCUCCUGAAGCCAGCGACGUUGACGCAUCCCAGGCGGCUGGACCAGCCAUUUCGACUCCUCCGCCUACGACAUUUGAUCGUGAUAUCACGAUCAACGGGUGUCUGGGAGAAGGAGGCGUGUGGUUCUCCACGCCGCCAGCCGGUCGUGAUAUCACGAUCGAGACGCGUUUGAACAAGUGGAUCUUCCGCAGUCGGAGCGCGGCGCAGUCUGACAUUCGUCUCCCAGACGUCAACUGA